AUGGGAAAAACCGAAGAGGCAGAUCCUCAAAGCCUGCAAAAAUACGGCGUUCCUUUAUUCUCUGCUGCUUGGCUUCCUUACAAAGAAGUCAGAUCCAACCUUCAAUCCCAUCACGAUGACGUCGAUUCCUCUGAACAACAGGAACAGGAGAAGGAGGAGACCCCCGAGGCCUCUUCUUCUUCCUAUGAAUACUACGUCGUUUUGGCCGGCGGUGGUGGUGAAGGGAGCAGCGGCAUUCCCAACGCCGUCCUUCUCUCCCGUUUCGAUUUCUCCUCCAAUUCCCUUUCUUCUCAGCCCAUAGCUAAGCUUGGUUUCGGUUCUGAUGUACCCUAUAGAAUGGUAAUUAUCCCCGGUGGAGAUGGACUCAUCUGUGCAUUCCCCAAUAGUUGCCGGUUUUUUGAGUGGCAUGAAGUCAAGGACAAUGAAGACCAAAAAUUGGGUGUUAAACUGUCUGACAAAGUACUGACACAAUUAGAAGAUGUUGGACAGCAAUUAGCAUUGGCCUUUAACAAUGACAGCUCUGUACUUGCUGCAGGGGGCGAGGAUGGCAAUUUAAGGGUUUUCAAGUGGCCUAGCAUGGAAAUUAUUCUCAAUGAGGCUCAAGCCCAUGCAUCUCUGAAGGACUUGUGUUUCAGUCCUGAUGGAAAAUUUCUUGUUUCACUGGGAAAGCGUGACCUCGGUAGAGUCUGGGAUGUAACUUCAUCGACGGCUGUAGCCACUUUAUCAAAGGAAAACGAUGAGAUUUUUGCCUUGUGCAGAUUUUCUCAAAGUAGUGAUCAGACUCAGAUUCUCUAUAUUGCUGCAAUAACAGACAAAGGUGCAAGUAUUGUGACGUGGAACACAAGCUCAUGGAAUAGAGUGAGCUCAAAGCCCGUAGCCCGUGAGCCAGUUUCUUCCUUCAAUGUCUCACCUGAUGGAAAGCUUCUUGCAAUGUACAUCAUCUUCACUGUUACUUUGAGAGGUUUGACUCAAGGAGAUGUGCUACUUAUAAAUUCGACCAACAUGCGUGUUCACACAAUGAUUAGGAAAGCACAUCUUGGCAUAGUAACAGCGUUGGCGUUCUCUCAUGAUUCAAGGGCUUUGGUCUCUGCAUCUAUGGACUCAAGUGCAAGGGUGACACUAGUGGAGGACAACAAAAGUGGUAUGUACAUUGAGAUUCAGAUUUUUCUUCCUGUCAUUGGUAGCUCUGCAAUGGUUGGACAUAGACCUGGUAACUCAUGGACAGUGAACUCAGAAAGUAAAGUGCACACUGCCAAAUAUGAGGAUACUUUCGGUGAUGACUUUUACAUGCUAGAACCAUUGUCUCUCAUUUCUCAUUGCAAGGAACUUUCUUUUCUUUCUUGUUUAGCUGCUGGAGGAUCAAGGUUGCGGAUCAUUAUAUUCAUCAUUAUGCUUGCAAUUGCUGCAUAUUUCUUGAAGAAUCAAGGAGCUCUUCCUUUUCCUGGCUAG